CUAAACAACUGCCACAAUGAUUCCAAACUUUCCACUCCACUUGUCACUGAUCUCAAUUUUAAAUUCAAUAUGGCGGAUACAGAAUUAACAUCUACCUCUGCAUCUAGCAAAGAUGAAAAAACCUCCAUACCGUCUUUUUCUGCAGGUCUCAUGCUUGUUUUGCAGCCUUCAAUUGAGGCUCUCGAUGAAAAAGUUAACGUUGUGAGAGCAAGUCAAGUUGAACUGAGAGAAAAAAUUGAUGAGCUAGGUGCAGAUUUAGCGCAGCUUAACGAACGCCAAGAUUUGCCCGUAGAUCUUGAACCAUAUGUAAAGAAACUAAUUGGUUCAAGAAGAAGAAUUACCCUUGUUAACAAUAUUUUGCAUAAUGCUCAGGAAAGACUCAAGCGACUCAAUUCAAACAUUGCUCGCCAGACAGCGAAGAAAAAAUCAGAAAUUGACGCAUCUCUACAUAUUUGAAGUAUUAAAAUGGCACGAAUCAAAUGCUUACGUAAUGAUGUUAAAGCGUCUGUCUUUGUGGAAAUUGGUCUUGGGAAAAAGAAUCAAGCUUGAAAGCACCUGCAUUCUUAUCCAAGGUGUUUUUAUGUAAACUGUGUGUAUUCUUUGAUGAAAUUUAUCAACAACAUGAUAGUUUGUAUUGCUUUAGAUAAACUUUAUAAAAUAACAACUGUCACCUAUUGAUUACUUCAAUCAUCAAGUCAGCUGUUUGAAACACUA